AGAAAAGGCCCGGUAGGGCUGCCAGCAAGCUAUCCCACUCCUGGGGACAAGACCGGCCGGCAUCUGCUUCUGUGUGUCAAGUGCUCUAUUGGCCAGCGCAAUGGACUUCAGGAGAGAGCUCCAGAGAGCGGGCAAGAUGGGGAAUGCCAAGAGCCUGUCGGACCAGAGGAUGGCCUCAAGGUUCUUGCCCGAGGAGCAGGCUGAGGUGGACAGGCUGUUUGAUGCCCUGUCAUCUAGAGAAGGCGGUGUGGCAACGGGGACAUUCUCUCUGGAGGUGCUGAAGAGCCAUGUCAAGGAGGCCCUUCCCCCAGUGAUGGUCACCAGACUAUACACCGGCAUGCGGAGGGUGAAGCCGACAGACAGGGCACAUGGGAGCUGCAAGAACGUUUCCAGGGAGCAGUUCACGGCGUUCCUGUCCCAGCUGUUGAGAGGGAGCAGCGAGGAGAAGGGCCUCAUGCUUAUGAACAUGAUCUCGGCUGCAGAGGGACCUACAAAGACCAGAGAUGUCCAGAAGUUCACAGAGGACCUGGUGGCCUCUGUGGUGCAUGUGCUGACCCACCGGCAUGAGCUUCGAGGCUGGACCUGGAAGAAAUCCGCGGCGCCCCCCAGCAGUAUGCAGGCGAUGGUUGCCCAGCUGCUCUCAGAGAUGAAGUUUCAAGAUGGCCACCAGUUUCCAGACCCUCAGUGCCUGGACCAGAUCUGCGACCAAGCCAUGAUCGAGGAGUGGGUGUUUCAUGUCCCUCACCUGGGCAUGUUUCUGGGUGUGGUCAUCCACAGGGGCCUGUGCCUCCUGGGCUCCUCCUUUGACCUUUCCACGCUGGUCCCCGAGUGCCACGUGGACCAAGGCAGGCCAUUGGAGAGCAUUCUGGAUGUGCUGUCCGUCAUCUACCUCAGCUCCCACCUGGCAGCAGAGCACCGCCACCGCUGGCGCCUGCUGUUCUCCACACAGCUCCACGGACAGAGCUUCUCCCAGUUGUGCAGCCACAUCACGAACCAGGGGCCCAGCCUGGUUGUCCUUGAGGACAGGGAUGGCUACGUCUUCGGUGGCUUUGCUUCCUGCUCUUGGGAAAUUAAGCCUCAGUUCCAAGGGGACAACAAGUGUUUCCUGUUCUCCAUCGCCCCCAGAAUGGCCACACACCUGUACACAGGCUACAAUAACCACUUCAUGUACUUGAACUGCGGACAGCAGACCAUGCCCAAUGGACUGGGCAUGGGUGGGCAGCACCAUUACUUUGGGCUUUGGGUGGCUGCCGACUUUGGGAAAGGACACAGCAAGGCCAAGCCCGCGUGCACCACAUACAACAGCCCACAGCUGUCUGCCCAGGAGGACUUCCUGUUUGAUAAGAUGGAGGUGUGGGGACUCGGCAACCCCUCAGAGACAUAUCAGGACAAGAACAAGAAGAGCAUCCUGGACUCAAAUCCUGACGCCCGGAUCCUGUUGGAGAUCACUGGACGGGCUGGGCACAGUGAGGGACUGCGGGAAGUCCCCGAGGAUGAAGACUGAAGCUCAUCCUGGAGAAGGGGCGGGGACUCCCCCAGGGGCGGGGACUCCCCCAAGGAUCCAGGGCAGAAAGCAUCCAGCUUCCUCACUGCUGGGUGAGCAGAGAGAGCUCUUCUGCCCUCUGCCCUCCCUCCUGCUUAGCCUUACCACAGAGCCACAUGGUUGCACACAGGCCAUCACGGACAUACUUAAUCAGAACACAGCCAUGCCAGGAGCGAUCCCUCUGAAGCCAUAAUUGACAGGUGUUGCCUCCCAGGGUCCCUGAGCGCAGGUUAACCUUGGCCUGAAACUUCGUUUUUUGUCCAUGGCAUCCAAACACAAAGAGCCUUGAAACCUGCUGGGACCAGUGGUCGGUUGUUGUGGGCGUACGCUCUUGCCUUGUGAAGAAGCACCUUGCUUGGCCUUUGCUCUGGGGGUCCCUGGAAGUGCCCCAAUGGCCCGUCAUGAGCAGAAAGACAGGGGUGCUUAGAUGAGUAUCUCGCUACUCCGUGAGAAUACCCCCCACAUCCCUGCAGCAUGGAAUUUGUGGGUUUGUAGCUGGAGAUCGGAAGGAAAUGUCUGUGGGGGGAGGUCGUCAGAGCGGGCUUGCCAUGGGGGUCCCGUCUAGCUUCCUCACACUUUUAAAGCAAGUCUGGCGAACAAGUGGGCAAACCCGACCUAUUUACCCAGAGACCAAGCCUUUACUGUGCUGCUAACCCAAAUACAGGACUUGGGACCUUUGGGGAGACUUGAA